GGGCGGACAAAAGGCGGCCGCGGAGCGGCGUACGGGAGGGUGGGGGCUGCGGUCAGGGAAGCUGUUCCCAUGGCUUGUGGGGAGUGCAGCGCUUCAGCACUCGCUCAGGAUCGAGCACACACGGACGUCAUCCCCUUCCAGCACAGAGAACUGACGUGCAGAUAGCAGAACCCAGCAAGGUGAGCCAUGAUUCCAGUCACCGAGCUGCGCUACUUCGCCGACACUCAGCCGGCCUAUCGCAUCCUGAAGCCGUGGUGGGACGUGUUCACGGACUACAUCUCCAUCGUGAUGCUCAUGAUCGCCGUGUUCGGGGGGACGCUGCAGGUCACCCAGGACAAAAUGAUCUGUUUGCCCUGUAAGUGGGUUACCAAAGACUCUUGCAAUGACUCCGUGAGGGGAUGGACAGCGGCAACCCCGGAGCGUAGCUACUUUAACACUAGUCUGGUUCCCUCUGCGGACACGGGGCCCACGGGGAUCCGGUACGACCUGGACCGGCACCAGUACAACUACGUGGACGCGGUGUGCUACGAGAACCGCCUCCACUGGUUUGCCAAGUAUUUUCCUUAUCUAGUGCUGCUACACACCCUCAUCUUUCUGGCUUGUAGCAACUUCUGGUUUAAGUUCCCAAGGACCAGCUCCAAGCUGGAGCAUUUUGUGUCUAUUUUGCUGAAAUGUUUUGACUCUCCCUGGACAACGAGAGCGUUAUCUGAGACGGUGGUGGAAGAGAGCGACACCAAACCGGCGUUUGGGAAAAUGAAUGGCUCCAUGGACAAGAAAUCCUCCACGGUCAGCGAGGAUGUGGAAGCCACUGUUCCCAUGCUGCAGAGAACCAAGUCUCGAAUUGAGCAAGGCAUUGUGGACCGCUCUGAGACCGGUGUGUUGGACAAAAAGGAAGGGGAACAGGCCAAAGCGCUCUUUGAGAAGGUGAAGAAGUUCCGCACUCACGUGGAAGAGGGAGAUAUAGUUUAUCGCCUGUACAUGAGGCAGACCAUCAUCAAAGUCAUCAAGUUCAUUCUGAUCAUUUGCUACACCGUGUACUACGUCAACAACAUCACCUUCGAUGUGGACUGUAAGGUGGACAUUGAGAGCCUGACUGGCUACAGGAUGUACCGCUGUGCUCACCCUCUGGCCACUCUCUUCAAAAUCCUGGCCUCUUUCUACAUCAGCCUGGUGAUUUUCUACGGGCUGAUCUGCAUGUACACGCUGUGGUGGAUGCUGAGGCGGUCGCUCAAGAAAUACUCCUUCGAGUCCAUCCGGGAGGAGAGCAGUUACAGUGACAUUCCUGAUGUGAAAAAUGACUUUGCUUUCAUGCUCCACCUGAUCGAUCAGUACGACCCCCUCUACUCCAAGCGCUUUGCUGUCUUUCUGUCCGAGGUGAGUGAGAACAAACUGCGGCAGCUGAACCUCAACAACGAGUGGACUCUGGAGAAACUGCGCCAGAGGAUCACCAAAAACUCUCAGGAUAAGCUGGAAUUGCAUCUUUUCAUGUUGAGUGGCAUUCCUGACACGGUCUUUGACCUCAUUGAGUUGGAGGUCUUGAAGCUGGAGCUUAUCCCUGAUGUCACUAUUCCCCCAAGCAUUGCUCAGCUCACCAGCCUUAAGGAACUGUGGCUCUACCACACAGCUGCCAAAAUUGAGGCUCCAGCCCUUGCCUUCUUGAGGGAGAACUUGAAAUCUCUCCACAUCAAGUUCACGGACAUCAAGGAGAUUCCUCUUUGGAUUUAUAGCCUGAAGACACUCGAGGAGCUUCAUCUGACGGGGAAUUUGAGCGCUGAAAACAACCGGUACAUCGUGAUAGAUGGACUGAGGGAGCUGAAGAGGCUGAAGGUGUUGAGGAUGAAGAGUAACCUCACCAAGCUGCCCCAGGUGGUGACAGAUGUUGGUGUGCACCUUCAGAAGCUUUCCAUCAACAACGAGGGCACCAAGCUCAUUGUCCUCAACAGCCUUAAGAAGAUGGUCAACCUGACAGAGCUGGAGCUGAUCCGGUGUGACCUGGAACGCAUUCCCCACUCCAUCUUUAGCCUCCACAAUCUGCAGGAGAUAGACCUGAAGGACAAUAACCUAAAGACCAUCGAGGAAAUCAUCAGCUUCCAGCACUUGCAUCGUCUCACUUGCCUUAAGCUGUGGUACAACCACAUUGCCUACAUCCCCAUGCAGAUAGGCAACCUGACCAACCUGGAGCGCCUUUACCUGAACCGCAACAAGAUCGAGAAGAUCCCCACCCAGCUCUUCUACUGCCGCAAACUGCGGUACCUGGAUCUCAGCCACAACAACCUGACUUUCAUCCCACCAGAUGUUGGGCUUCUUCAAAACCUGCAGAACCUGGCUGUGACAGCCAACAGGAUUGAGAGUCUCCCACCAGAGCUGUUCCAGUGCAGGAAGCUGAGGACCUUGCACCUGGGCAACAACGUGCUGCAGUCACUGCCCUCCCGGGUGGGGGAGCUGACGAACCUGUCGCAGAUCGAGCUGCGAGGGAACCGCCUGGAGUGCCUGCCCGUGGAGCUGGGGGAGUGCCCGCUGCUCAAACGCAGCGGGCUCGUGGUGGAGGAGGACCUGUUCAACACCCUGCCCUUGGAGGUCAAGGAGAGGCUCUGGAGGGCAGACAAAGAGCAAGCCUGAAGCCCUGGGAAAAGGGAAAAGCCUCUGACCGACUCGAAGGAAGCAAAAGGCCAUUCCAGCCCCCCUUUUCCCCAGAUGCUCCCCUUUCUCCACUCCGAUCACUACCAGACUGGCCAAGGAGUCCUUGACAAACGUGACUCAUUCACAGUCAGCUUCUUGCCUCAGAUGCAGGAUGGGGGAAGCUUGGGAUCAGGCUGAGGAUCAAGACAGAUUAAUCAGCCUCUGAGCAAGGGCCAGUAGGAGUUAGAGGUGUUGCUGUUCUUCUGGACAGGAACUGGGGUGAGGUGGAUGGUGCUGGUGAGAAAAAAAUGACCUUUGAAUGGAGGAGAAAAGGAAUGUGGGGAUUGCUGCAUUGCUCCAAAUAGGGCUUAUAUGUACCAGGGACUGAGAGUCCAGUGUCCUGCAAGCAGAGACCAAGAGCCAGGAAACCUCUUGAACUGUUCCCCUCUGACUCAGAUCCAGUCAGGGAGGCCCCCAGUGGGGUGGGAUGGGACACAAACAGCUGAUUUGACCUGGGUGCUGGCAUUGGGAUUUGGGGGAUAAACAUCUCACAGCUACUUGAAUGCAGGAUUUUUUUUUUAAACUAAUUAUCUUUCCCCUUUGCACUCUACACCUUUUUCCUCUGCCCCUGGAGAAGGAACCAAACUAUCUGCUCCCUUAAGAUUGCACUACUUUAAUGGUUUCAAGUCACUUGUGCUGAUGAGUAGAUCACGCAGCAUCCUCCUCCAGCUGAUGUGCUGGAGGCACUAACUGACAAUUCCAGAGCUUUAGCCUGUUCUGAAGUGGAUGGUUACAGUGCAAGUGAGAGAUGAGCUGGAUGAAGAGCAAUUGGACUAUCUAAUCUACUGUCCCACAAGCAUCGAGUUGCUUCAGGAUCUGGCUUUUAGUUUUCAAGCAACUUUUUAAUUGCUGGUAUUUUGUUGCAUAUCGAGUAUUAACAUACAACUGGCCAGUGUGUCAGGGCUCUCCUGGGCUUGGAGAGGAAACUCAGGUUUCCUCUGCACCUCUUGUCCCCCAUCUCGACUUCCCCUACAAUCAAGUUGUUGGAUGAAGUCUCUGCCGGUGUUUUCCAUGGAUGCAGAGCUGCUUGGUUGUUGUUCUCCUCCCUCUAACAGCUGUCAGUUCCUGUUACACCCCCUGACCUAAAUAACAGGUUAAUGCUGGUUGAACCUGGUGCUGGAAAAGAAACCUUUCCUCCUGUUUCUUCCCCUUUGCAUUCCCUCAGUGUUAAGGAGGAGAAUGAGAAUCCUCUGUGGACUGAGCUCUUCUGGCUCCCUGGAACAGAACAGCCUUUAUUGGAACAAGUCUGACCUGUUUGGUAUUCUUUGACAAAAAGCUCUCAGCCUCCUGGCCUGGCAGAGGCAGAAAAUGUGUGAUAGCUCCUGGUAAUCGUGUCCUUAAGGUGGGUGGACAGGGUGUGCCUCCGGUACUCCGAGAUCUGCGCUUUCCCAUCGGGAGGAAGAGGAAGCUCCUGGGCCUACAGGUCCUGGUUGUCACAUUCUGCAGCAGCCCAGCAGGUUGGCUGUGAGGUGAAGUGCUGCAAGCUGAGGCAUGAGAAGUUUGGAGGCCUCCCAUGGGUGCAGAGGGGGAAGCUGCAUCCAAAGUGAUCCCUGGCGAGCUGCCAGCGAGUGCCCUGCCUUAGGGAAUUGUGGUGAUCCCUGGAUGUUGGGGCAGUCAGGCACACCGUGGCUUUCUUCAUCAGAUGUAAGAUAUGAAUGAUAUAUAUAUAUAUAUCCUAAAUAUGCUGAAACCAUGAACAAUGUUAACUGGACUCUGGAUUUGUUGAUGUUCAGACGCUUAAAUAAAGCUACGUUAAAAUCAGGAGAUCUGUUUAUAAAAACUGCUUUUAAGAAAAAUGUAAAUUUUGCUUCCCUUAGUCCAUUCAUUAUGAGAAGUUUAAACAGUCCAGAGGAUAAUAUAAUUAAAUCUCCAUCUGGGAGGCAAGGUACUGUAAAAGCUUUUCUGGCUUCUAAUAGGGUUAGUGUCUUGAAAUUGUGUUAGAGUUGGGGCCACUGCUGAAAGGGUGGGGAAGGACUGAUGCUGAUUGGAUUGGAUUGGAUUGGGAUUUGCACGAGCAUUUUGGAUCACACAAACUGUUAGGUGGGCUUAUGCUUCUUGAGUAAAGCUGCAGUAAUGCUGUUUUCCAGUCAGUUCCCUAUGGUGGAUGUGGGAGCUGUUUGGAUGGUGAAGGAAACUGCUUUUUUCCCCCCUUACUCCGUACCAGAAGGUAGUGAUGGAGAGUAAUGGCACUGCCUGGAACUUGAACUCUGUUUGCUAUCCAAGGCCACUGGGAACUGCUUUAUUACACGUGUAUUUUAGACUAGGCAGGGCUGAAAGGGCAAAGCACUUCCCAGGAAUUUCACCUGGCUCCCAGGAGCAGAGGGAUUUCUCCUGGAGGUCUGGACAGCAGAGGAGUGCUUUGACUCUUGAUUGCAGCUGUGGUCUUAGUUACCCAAAAGUUACCCAAACUCAGCUUUGCCCAGCUGAGUUAGAAGUUUCUCUGAGCAGCUCCUGGAAGUGCUGCAGUGCUCCUAGAAGCUUGCAAGGCUCCAGACCUACUGUAGAUCCCAGACUGCCCUGGGCUGAGCUCUGAGAUGGGCCAGUAUUGAUCAUGCAUUAAAACAACAGCUUUGUGCUGCUCCUGCAAUAUUCCAACCUUAACUUUUUUGGUUAUGCCUGCCAGGGCUUGAGAAACACCUGUGUGGCAAAAUUGGGAUGAGCAAUCUGGUGACAGUUUGUGCCAUAAACAGGGGUGGCACAAAUGCAUUGCCACUCUGAAAGAGCAAUAUGUGUUAUUUACUCCUGGUCUGUGCUGCUCGGUCUCCCUUCAAUACCUACAGAUUCCAGAGUAUCUCUUGUAUGAUGAGGUGGAAAAAGCUUUAAAACUUCCAAGGACAGGGUCUAGACCGUGAUGGACUGAGGGACUGCUGCAAAACUUGUCUGGAUUGCUCAGUCUGUGAGGGAUGAGCUCACAUCAGCAAUCCCUCCUCACUUGCAGGUAUUCAGUCAGUGAAUAUUCCCUGUUUUCCCUGAAGUUUCCAUCAAACUGAAGUUCAGGGCAUUUGUUUCUGACUCUGGGUGUUCACAAAAAGCAGUCAGUGGCCUGGCCAGUGUCUUGUUCUCCUGACAGGCUUUUCAAAGCACUCUGGUAGUAGCAAACCAGAUUAUUUAUUAGCUGCUCAACCACACAGCAACUUGAAUUAAACCCACCUGUUUCCUUAAUAGCACUUCUGAGCUGAUCUUGAAGAUCCCAGACAGGCUCAUGCCGUGUCAGCACCCAAGGUUUGUAACCUGCACUUUACCUUCCCUGCUAAAUAACCCAAAAAGUGAGGCAUUGCAACUAAUUGUGUUGAACCAGCUGAAAAGCAAGGAAUACCAAACCUAUGAAUUGUGUUAAAUCGUGCUGUACUCUGACCCUCUGCACUGGAAUGUGAGCUGAAGUUGUCCUGUGUUUCAGAUGCUUCCCGAUUUUGUUAUUUGAUCCCCGGUUAAAUCAGCAGCUGGAAGUGAUUUACUGUGCCAGUCUGAGUGGAUAAAUAGCUGUUACAGGUAUCUUUCAUGAUGUGCUGUUGUUGGUAUUAAUUGUCACUUCCUGAUAAUAUCCUACCUCAUUUUUUAUUUUUUUCUUAUUACCAUUUAUAUGCUCCAUUUAGCUCACUCCAUUUUAAUUAAAGUUCUUGGUGUUCAUUACCAUAAAUAGUAUUAAGUGGCUUUCUGUUGCUGAACCACACUGAAGUCCUCUCUUUUUUUUUUUUUUCCCCUAUUUAACAAUUAACUCUAGGAAUUUUGAGAACAAUAGCACAUCCUUUACAGAGGAUGAGCUGUGUGGAAAAAAGUUCCAAAUAUUAUUGAUUCCCCAGCUGUGACAUUGUUUCCUCUCCUUACCUUUUCUCUGCUUUGGAGUGGUUUGAGUUCUUUGCAUUUUUAAAACAUUUUUAGUCUUCCUUCAGGGGAGGAGUAACUUUUUCCCCCUCAUGAGUAGCUGUGCCUUCUCUAGAGAUCUCUUAAUGAAAGGUCUCCCCAGGGGCAGCUGCUCCCUCGGGUGUGUUCCCUUGGAAUUUUUUUUUUCUUUCAGCCAUGGAGAGAUUUCUUGAUUUCUGGUGUGAUUUCUCGCUGCCAAACAAUGUCAUCAUCCUGUCAGUCAUCUGCUCUGAAAGCUGCCCCAAGGUAAGGCCGUGGGGAUGCUGAACAGUCAAAUUAUUCCAUUUUAACCCCGCUCUUUGGCCACACGGUGGAUUGGGGAGUUUUCCAGAGCAAGUGCCAAAACUGAGUGAGUUUUCAGUGCUGCCCGUGCUCUGACAGUGCAGGAAGCGCAGCUGGAAGAGGGCAGGAAUACUGUGUGCCCCCCUCCAGGAGGUGGGUUAAUACUCCACUGCUUUGGCAGCGUGAAAUCCUCCAGAAAUCUCUCCAAAAUCCUCUUUCAAAAGUAGCUGCGCUUGAAUUGCUGGACCCCAACAGCAAAGGGUUGAACUUGGUGUGAAUUCACACAAAGGCUUAAUUUAGGAUUCCUGGAGUUUCCAUCCCUCCCUCCCUCCCUCCCUCCCUUUCCUUUCAAGGAGUUUUACUGAACAAUAGGGGAAUUUUUCUAGAGGAGACUUAUUGAGAAGGGGGCUACUGAGCCUGACUCAUCUUUCCAGCUGCCAAACUGCAGUCAGACCCCACUCAUGGCUUACCCAUGGCUCACCCCCCUGGUGGAAAUGCAGCAGCAGGGCUGUGGUUUGGCAUCUGAGACCUGCAACUCGGGCUAACAUUUCAGAAUCGUGACAUUCACUCUGUAUCUGGGAUUGUUGGGGCAGCAGAGCAGCAGCCCCUUCCCUAGGGGCACUGGAGCUGCUCUUGUUGGCUCUGAAAGAGUUGUGUGACUGGACACUCGAAACAGAAUAAAAGUUGGAAGUUUUCAUUUGCA